GGAAACUCCGGCAUGGGCCGCCCGAUGGAGGAGGCGACCAGGAGACUGGAAGUGGGGCGCGGAGCGGAGCGCAGAAGAAGGGGCAGAGGGGCGAGAGCCAAGGGGGCAAAAGUAUAAUUGCCCCCCUCCCCGAGCGACAGGGUGCGCGCCUGGGUUUUAACAUGAGCCGCAGCUGAGCUGCAUGCCUUCUUUCCCAGUUCCUUUUCCUCCCGUUAUAAAUCAGUGCGUUUUUUUCCUGAAGUGGAAGCCUCUUAAAAAUUUCAGGAGCUCCCAGCAAAAUAAAGAAUUUCAGGAACGCUGCCUUUCGUACGCAGGGGAUCAACCAGGUCGACCUGCAGUGGCUGAAGAUUGUGGCAAAAUGGUACUUUGCCAUUUUGUUAGACACAAAUCGAAAGAGCUGCUUUCCCCUUUGCAAUAGAACAUGUAUAUCAAAGUCCCCAUCUCCACAUGAUAUACUGAGCUAGCUUGAAUUCAGCUUGUAUAAUCCAGACUCUUGCCAGUGUAUCACUAUUAUUUGUGGAUUUGAUGUUGAAUUCCUUUUUUUAAGCCUUCUGUGGCUUACAGCCAAAAGAUUAAACUUCUUUCCAUGCUUUCCUUUAUCUCUCCUGCAACAGAUUACCUAAUUUCCUUAGAGGAUGGAUUUCCCAAAAUAUUCACUUUCACAGGACAGGGAAGAAGAAACUGGGCAUUUUGGUGCAAUGGCUCUAUUUGCUGCCUGCUCGAAAACUGGAUGGGUGUCCUCACUUUCCAGGAAAGAGCAAGAAGCCUGCCACCACCUCAUUAAGGAAGAAAAAAUGGGAACCCACCCUGAGGCCAAGGUGGACCUUUUAAGCCUAUUCAAAGACACUGAAGAAGGCAAUAGACUGAGAUUUCGCUCAGACACCAUUCCUUUGGGAGAGCCUCCCCGGCAGACCCUCUUUCGGUUGGGUGAAGCAGCCCAGAGGUGGCUGCAGCCACAGGACCGCACCAAGGGGCAGAUUGUGGACAUGAUUGUGCUGGAGCAGUUUCUGCAAGUGCUGCCGCUCAGAAUGCAGGCCUGGGUGAAAGCAAAGAAGCCAAGCAGCAGCGAGGAGGCAGCUCAGCUGGCCGAGGCCUACCUGGCGCAGCAGUGGCCCGUGGCUUUCCAGGAAGUGGCAGUAUAUUUCACCCAAGAAGAGUGGGAUCUUCUAGACGAGGAUCAAAGGACUUUAUAUUACAGUGUCAUGCAGGAGAAUUCCCAGAACAUGGCCUCACUUGAAUUGCCACCUCCAAAUCCAGACAAGAUUUUCUAUAACCCUGAAUAUGACACAACAUUAUGGAUGGAGCAGGAGGAAAAGAUUCAGGAGUCUGAGGAGGGGAAGAGCCCAAGAGAUGAUGGGCCAGAAGCGAGGAACAGGAGGAAGAACGCUUGGCAGGAAGAAUACGCAGCAGAUCAGCUGCAUGAGGCGCUGUGGUGGGACAUCUUCUUUGAUUCCGAGAUGUCCAAAGUGCUGGAUAUCAAGUCAGUAAGGCCGGAGGGGACAUUACCAGAGCUGGCCCAGGUCUGUGCAGUUCCCAGAAAAAUGAUGAGAAGCGCGCCACAAAUGGAAAUCGGCGUGUCACAAAGAAACUAUGCCUGCUCUGUGUGCGGGAAAAGUUUUGAUCGGCGUUCGAACUUGAUUAAACACCAGAGGGUCCACACCGGGGAGAAACCCUAUCCCUGUACUGAAUGUGGGAAGUGCUUUGACCAGCAGUCCAACCUCAAUGUCCACUUGCGAGUUCAUACGGGAGAGAAGCCAUACAGCUGCCCCGACUGUGGGAAAAGAUUUAGCAUCAAAUCCCACCUGCAUGGACACUGCAGGAUCCACACGGGAGAGAAACCCUAUGAAUGCAGGGGAUGUGGAAAGAGGUUCCGUGUGAAAUCGUGCCUGAACAAACACCAGAGGAUCCAUAUGGAAGAUCCCAAGCUGUCUAGAGCAACUGAGAUCAAAUUAGUGGGACCUCAGGCAAUAUCACCAGAGCAGAUGCAGGGCUAUGCAGCUCCCCAAAAAGGAAAUUUUGUUAAAAUGAUGAGAAGCAGGCCCCGAAUAGGAAUAUCAGUGUCAAAAAGAAAUCAUGCCUGCUCUGAGUGUGGAAAGAGUUUUGAUCGGCGUUCGAACCUAAUUAAACAUCAGCGAAUUCACACUGGAGAGAAGCCCUAUUCAUGUGUCGAAUGUGGGAAACGCUUUGGUCAGCAAUCCAGCCUCAAUGUCCACUUGCGAGUCCACACGGGGGAGAAGCCAUAUGGCUGCCCCGACUGUGGGAAAAGAUUUAGCAUCAAAUCCCACCUGCAUGGACACUACAGGAUCCACACGGGAGAGAAACCCUAUGAAUGCGGGGGCUGUGGAAAGAGAUUCCGUGUGAAAUCUUGCCUGAAUAAACACCAGAGAAUCCAUAUGGAAGAUCCCAAUCUGUCCAAAGAAAUCGAGACCAAUUCAGUAGGAUCUCAGGCAAUAUUACCAGAACUGAUGCAGGGGUAUGCAGCUCCCCAAAAAGGAAAUUUUGUUAAAAUUAUGAGGAGCAGGCCCCAAAUCGAAAUUGCUGUGUCAAAAAGGAAUCAUGCCUGCUCUGAGUGUGGAAGGAGUUUUGAUCGGCGUUCGAACUUAAUUAAACACCAGAGGGUCCACACUGGGGAGAAACCGUAUCCUUGUGCCGAAUGUGGGAAACGCUUUGACCAGCAGUCGAACCUCAAUGUCCACUUGCGAGUCCACACAGGAGAGAAGCCAUAUGGCUGCCCUGAUUGUGGGAAAAGAUUUAGCAUCAAAUCCCACCUGCAUGGACACUACAGGAUCCACACGGGAGAGAAACCCUACGAAUGCGGGGUCUGUGGGAAGAGAUUCCGUGUGAAAUCGUGCCUGAAUAAACACCAGAGAAUACAUACUGGAGAAAAACCAUAUAAAUGCCUCACCUGUCAGAAAACUUUCACCUGCAGCUCUCAUCUUAUUCAACAUCAGGUGACUCACUCAGGGGAGAAAGAUUAUGUUUGCUCUGAAUGUGGAAAGAACUUUGCCAAUAAGUCGGAUCUUAAAAAACAUCAGAGAAUCCACACGGUAGAAAGACCUUAUGAAUGCCCCAUCUGUGGGGAAAGAUUCAGAAAUGAUACACAACAGAACAAACACCAGAGCAUUCACCAGGUGCUUUAGAACACCAGUGUGCUUAAAAGUGCAAAGGCACCCCGGUCUUGUUUUCUUCAGCCAAGCAUAGAGGUUGUAAAUUAACUGAAACAUCAUCGACAUUCCCAGUGAGAGAUCUGCAUUAAAAAUGUCUUCAGGUUUUGAAAGACAACAGGGAAUGUGCACCAGGAGUAAGCAGCAGAAAUGUGAAACCACACCACUCGUAUAUGGUUAGAUGUCAGUGAAUUCAUAUGGGAUUCAGCUCUUAGAAAUGUCUUUAUGGGGUGGAAUGUGGGGAGCAGGAAGCAUUAGGAAGUAAAGAGGUCACAGAACUCUUGCAUGUUGUGAUCACGGAGACAACUGAAUUCCCUGCUGCUGCUGAAGAUGUUUUCAUAUUGUUGCAUCCUAUGCUUAUCCUUUGGCAUCCCCCCCAAAAAAAAUUCCUGGCAAAAUGCCAAUGAUAGACAUUCUGAUGUUACCAAAUCAGGUUUCAUAGGUGAGCUUCUUCGCUCUCAUGGGAAAAGCUUAACGGCUGUAAUACUUCAGAAAUAAUAGAGCUGAUGGCAAUUAGCUACAGGUACAAUAUGUAAUUCUAAGACCAAUCAAAAUCUAAUUACUCUAAUCACAGCAGAGAUCCAUACAAGUUAGUUUCUCCACUGCAGUUCUAUGGUUCAGAUCAAGGGGCUCAAAUGAUUCUUGGAAUACCCAUCCCAGUCAAUCAAGACGUGGGGUCCAGAAAGAGACCUUAGUAAAUCUACAUUUCACCCAGACUUGAAAUCUUUGUUGGUAUGCCCAUGCUACAUGCUGAAGGCCAAUCAAAUCCAAGAGCAAAGACAUAAAUUCAAGAGUAAGUCUGAAGUAAUUGAAGAAGCAUAUUUCAACAAGUAUAGCUUCCCCUUUGGUAUCUCUAGGCUACAUGGCUCAAGGCCUAUAAAUGGCCAAGAUUCAGGAUCGGUUCACACUGGCUGGUAUUCUGGACUAUCGAAGACACAGAAUCCAUAAGAAACAAGAAUUCAAAGUCUAUGGAAAAUAUAUUUUUGCUAUAUAUAGAUUUCAAGACAAGACACUGCAGGGGAAACAAACAAAGUCCAUGUGAAUAGUGCUUCUUAUAGCUCAGAGGGAAGUCCCCAGAUGAAGGGUUACAGGCAAUAUACAAUGGACAAGAAAAGAUGGACUUUCAAGACAAUGUUCCAGGCAAAGGUUCCCUGCCAAGCGUUGCCUUAAAAGCACGGGUAGCUCCGCAGAACACACCUCCUGUCAAUCUAAUUGGCAAGGGAUUUUAGACAUGGUGUUUCUAUUUCACCCCCCUGAGCUGAUGUGUGAUGCUUCUGAACCUACCCACCUGCUUCUGCUGUUUGGUCCUGGAGAGACUGUUGGCUGUCUUAACCAUAGACGUGCCAUUCAAGGUUGACUGCUAGCAGCCUGGAUGACAGAGACUUAAUUCCAUCCCACCGAUUUCUCUGAGAAAGCUGACAGAGAUAAGCUCACAUACAUUCUGGCUUCCACAGACUGAUCAGGCCCAAACCAGCCACCCCUCCUCACCAUUAUGUGAAUAAUCCAGCAUAGCCAAGCUAUGGUUUCAGGUUUAUAAUUACAGAACUGGGCCCCAAACUCUUCCAGAGUGCUUCUGACUAAACGGUAAAGGCCUGCCAUGCUCUGGCUGGGGCUGGAGGGAGUAGAAGACAAGCCCUUUCCUAUUAGAGAAGACCUGUGACAUUCUGGCUAGGUGUGAAAGCCUCUUCCUUCCUGAUAAAUAGCUCAGUAUUCUGCCUAAAACGGGAAAAAAGUGUACAUGAUGCUUAUCCUCUAAGAUCAUGCCAGUGGAGGCCGUGAGAAGGACAUCAGGUCCAGCCUGUGUUGAGGUUUAAUUUACUCAGCAGUAGUAAAUCUUCAGCCACUAACCUCAGUCCCCAAAGCCACACAGCAAAGAAAACUCUCCUGUCUUACAAUGGGCACGUUAAGUGGACUCCAAACAGCGAUGGAUAAAGUAGGCGUAUGUAGAGCUUAGCAACAUCAAAAGCAGACAGAUGAAACAGAUUAGAGCAGGAGAAGGGAACAUGGGCCUCCAGCUGUUUUGGUUCACAACUCCCAUCAGCUUUAGCAAGCACAGGCCAAGGGUGUGGAAUCCAAAACAUCUGGAUAGCCACAGGCUCCCUACCCUGAUUACUUUAGGCAGGCUUGUGGCACUACUAACUAGAAAAGAAACAGUCCAAAAGGACUGCAUACAUUCUCUGGAAUGCUGUUUUAGGCAUCUACACAGCUAGUUCACUACACACCAACUCGGAACACUAACUGCUGCACGGGCAGAGCUGACGAGCGUGUCUUGCUCUUUGUACGCUCAUUUGGCGUUUUAGUUUGCUUUCCUAGAAACCCCAUGAGACAGAUUGCAGCCACGCCCAUUUUCAUCAUAUCUGCAGCACUUUUCAGGGCAUGGAGUGCUUUGUAAUUCUUAUUUAUUUCUUCACACGUCAGCCCCACACAGUCAGAGUGAAAGAAAAUGACGUGAAAGCAAGGACAAGCACCGAGAUACUAUACCUGAGCAACCUGAACCAUGGUCUUUCACAGCCAGUACUGACACUUUUUAUCCACAGCCCCACAGUGGUUUUGGAAAGUGGGGCUGAGCCCUUUUUGUGUCCACUGAAAGCAAGAUUUGUUGUCGCAAAGACUGUCACUUUGCCACAUAGCAGUGACCUUCGUAUUAGAUAACAUGCAGGAUGUUUGGGAGUUGAUUUGUUACAGCUCGUGCUCUCUGUAAUUGCUUCACUGAUUUAUCUUGGUAGUGUUUGUGUUUUGUCCGGGAGUCUGUGAGAUUGUGCUAAAUUCUGGAGAUAAUAAAAACAGAGAAGCAUCAAA